CUUAUAAAUAGUGGCAUUCCACUCCAUUUCAAACGGCGUACAUUAGAAAAAGACACAGGCUCGCUAGAAAAGAGGGUGACAAAGGGCUUCAACAAAAACACCACCCUAGCAAUGGCGGCUUCAGCUUCAUCUAGCCUUCUUUCAUCUCGAUCGCCCAUCAAAUUAACCUCUCUAUCUUCCCUCACAUGGAGAUUACCUGUCUCAGUCUCUCUCCCUCGCCACCAGCGACGCCGCGCGUCUCCGGUGUUUGUCGUUCUAUCCAUGGACGCCAAACCUACCGUUCUUGUCGCUGAAAAAUUAGGAGAAGCUGGGCUUGACCUUUUGAAAGAGUUUGCUAAUGUUGAUUGCUCGUAUAACUUGAGCCCUGAGGAGCUCUGCACCAAGAUCUCGCUUUGCGACGCCUUGAUUGUACGGAGUGGGACGAAAGUGAGCCGAGAGGUGUUUGAAUCGUCCGGCGGUCGGCUUAAGGUCGUUGGACGCGCCGGCGUUGGAAUUGAUAACGUGGAUCUGGGAGCAGCGACGGAGCAUGGUUGCCUUGUCGUUAAUGCGCCGACGGCUAACACCGUUGCCGCUGCUGAGCACGGGAUCGCGCUUCUUACUGCUAUGGCCAGGAAUGUCGCUCAGGCCGAUGCAUCGAUUAAAGCCGGGAAAUGGCAGAGGAACAAAUACGUAGGUGUGUCCCUAGUUGGAAAGACACUUGCAGUGAUGGGAUUCGGGAAAGUUGGAACAGAAGUCGCAAGGCGUGCUAAAGGUCUUGGUAUGCACGUAAUUGCACACGACCCCUAUGCUCCAGCUGAUCGUGCCCACGCCAUUGGAGUUGACCUUGUCAGUUUUGAUGAAGCCAUUUCUACAGCAGACUUCCUCUCACUCCACAUGCCCCUCACCCCUGCCACAUCAAAAAUCUUGAACGAUGAAAACUUUGCAAAGAUGAAAAAAGGAGUCCGAAUUGUGAAUGUUGCUAGAGGUGGAGUCAUAGAUGAAGAUGCAUUAGUCAGGGCUCUCGAUGCUGGCAUUGUAGCACAGGCUGCACUUGAUGUUUUCACUGUAGAGCCUCCACCAAAAGAUAGCAAGCUGAUACAACAUGAGAAUGUGACUGUUACUCCUCAUCUUGGUGCUAGCACCAUGGAAGCUCAGGAAGGAGUUGCCAUUGAAAUUGCUGAAGCUGUUGUUGGAGCUUUAAGGGGUGAACUUGCAGCUACUGCAGUCAAUGCUCCCAUGGUUCCUGCUGAGGUUCUGACAGAGCUAAAACCAUACGUAACCCUAGCUGAAAAACUAGGCAGAUUAGCUGUACAAUUAGUAGCAGGAGGAAGCGGGGUCAAAUCGGUCAAAGUAACAUAUGCAUCCGCACGUGGGCCCGAUGACCUGGACACAAGACUCCUACGUGCCAUGGUGACAAAAGGUCUAAUCGAGCCAAUCUCAAGCGUAUUUGUGAACCUAGUCAACGCAGACUUCACAGCCAAACAACGAGGGGUCCGGAUCACGGAGCAACGGGUCCUCCUAGACGGGUCCCCCGAAAGCCCGCUGGAAUUCAUCCAGGUCCAGAUUGCAAAUGUGGAGUCGAGGUUCGCAAGUGCAAUGUCGGAAUCAGGUGAGGUGACAGUUGAAGGGAAAGUGAAGGAUGGGGUUGCACAUCUGACUAAAGUUGGGGGGUUUGAAGUGGAUGUGAGUUUGGAAGGGAAUAUUAUACUUUGUAGACAGGUUGAUCAGCCUGGAAUGAUUGGGACUGUUGGGAGUAUUUUGGGGGAAGAGAAUGUGAAUGUGAGUUUUAUGAGUGUUGGGAGGACUGCGCCUAGGAAGCAGGCCAUUAUGGCCAUUGGGGUUGAUGAGCAGCCGAGUAAGGCUGCGUUGAAGAGGAUUGGGGAGAUUCCCGCCAUUGAGGAGUUUGUUUUUCUGGAUUUGUAGGUCUCUGAGACUUGAGACUUGAGACUUGAGAUAAGUUUUGGAAGAAGGGAAGGGAGGGGAAUAAUGUAGGAUUUUGUGUUUUUCAACUUUUUGAGUUGUGUGUUUUUUUUUUUUUUUGCUUUACGG